GCGGCGGGGCUGCUCCCUCCCGCCGUCCCCGUCCUGCGCCCCUCACGGGGACCGUCCUUGCGGCUGCGCCCCCCUUCCUCCGUGCGGGGUCGUCGCGGCCUGCCCCGGGCCUCGCCUCGCUUCAGGCGGACGGAGCGCCCUCGCCUCACACCGGGCCCCGCCGCUACCUUACCCCCAGCACAGGGCGCCCGCCUGCCCCGGUGGACAUCGCCUGGCCAUGGCAGCCCCUCCAGCGGGGAAACAGGGGCGGGGGGGCGAGGGCCGCGGCGCGGGAGCCGUCCCGGAGGGGCGGGAAGGGCUCCGCAGAGCAGGGCGGGCAAGGAGGAGGCCUGGCUGGGGCUUGCCUGGUGCCUGCGGCGCCUGUGGCCGAGUGGGACGGGUGUCCUGUAGCAUGGCAGGUGAAGAGGACUUUGUUUUGGAAGAAAAGAAAUUCAAGCAGUACUGUGAAGAAUUUAUUAAACAUUCACAGCAGAUAGGAGAUGGUUGGGAGUGGAGAACUAGCAAGGACCUUGGUGAUGGUUAUCUUAGUAAAACACACUUCCAAGUAAGAAAUAGAAACAUCCCACCAGAUCUCAAGGAGAAAAACAAUGACAACAUUGAACAAACGUUAUUUACACAUGUUGAAGAGUCUUUGGAUGAUUCUCAAGUAGCUGGAGUUUGUGCAGCAGCAGAAGUGAUUCGCUAUGAAUAUCAUGUCUUGUACUCCAGCAGCUACCAAGUACCUGUGCUUUAUUUCAGGGCAUGCUUUUUAGAUGGAAGACCUUUAACUCUGGAUGAAAUAUGGAGAAGUGUUCAUGCAUGCUACCAGGCUCGUCUGCUGGAGGGGCCCUGGGACACUAUUACACAGCAGGAGCAUCCCUUACUUGGGCAGCCAUUUUUUGUUCUGCACCCCUGCCGGACUUAUGAAUUCAUGUCUUCUGUACUGACCGGUUCACGAAAAGAGAACAGACACACAAAUUACAUUAUACUGUGGCUCAGUACUGUAGGCCCAGUUGUGGGUCUAAAUCUGCCCCUGAGUUACGCAAAACUAUCACCUGAGAAGAAUACAAAUGCUGAUUCAGCUGAAAGACCUCUGAGCUGAAGGACAGAUGAUGGUUAGCUGUAGUAAAGCUACUGCAGACUUUCCUAGAGAUGAAAUCAAACAAAGGAAUCCUUCCCAACUGGUAAGCAGUGCAGUGUGGAAAGAUGAGUGUUCAUGGCUCUUUCUCUGGUAAGAACUUGCCUGGUUACAAUGGAAGACCUGAGUUGGCUGCAGUUAUGAUGACAACUCUCAAGCACCACCAAGACCUGAACUCCCUUGUGAUUUCAGUGGCUCCAUGAAGUCACUCAUUUCCUACCUCUGUUUUACUGUGGUUAUGGCCGUAGUACACAAAUGCACAAGCCUAUGGUUCCUUGAUACAGAGUUGAGAUGUGGAGUUUGGAUCUACUAAACUUAUCUACUAAAUGUCAUGUCUCUAGAAAAUCUGCACCAUCUCUGAGGAUAUGUACAGCAAAAUACUUGUAGGAUGUGGCUUAAGCUUGUGGCAAUCGGUGUAUGAUUGAGACUACUUCGCCUAGGGACCACCUUCUCCACCACAGCCUGAUGCACGGACCAUCCCUGGGUUCCACACCACGCACAGAAUAUCUUAAUCCGAGGACUGAGUUAUACUUCACUGAGAAUAUUUUGUGUACGUCAUGCAUCAGGGAACAGACAGGAUCAGGACUGUAGACAGAGUACUUACAGUCUACAUUUGACUGAGCAUGUACAGUUCUAGAGUUCAAGGUGCCUCAUGCUAUCGUAUGAGAACAUCUGUCUUUUCUGUGCUUCACUGCCUCCAAAGGAAGCUUUGCCAUACCCUGUGGGAGUUACUGUUGUAGUCAAUUAGUAUUUCUCAUUGUACUAGUAGUUGUUGUCAGGUCUGGUCCCUAUCCUUCAGUCUUUAUGCAAGCCUCCUGGGACAGCUGCUGAAUUUUGAGCAAGAAGGAAUUGCAUAGUAGUGCAAUCAGUGAAAAACAGAUUAGAAGUAACUUCCAUACAAGUCAUCUUGGAUUCUUUCCCAAUCAUGUUUUAUUUGCAGUAUAAACCAGACCACAAGUCCUGAGCAGCUGAGAUGGAAUUACAGAUUUUACUUUAUACAUUCAGCAACAUGUCACUUGCAUCCAGAGUCCAACGUAUGCCACAUCAAAGCUGGAAAUGUGAAAUGCAUCGGGUUUCAGAUUCUGGGUUUUCAGAUAUUUUGAUUGGUUGCAUAUUUUUAACUUACAUCAUAUGUUAUUGGUGGAUUGAAAUACAGUGCAGUCUUUAAAAUUCCAUUUGUGCAGAAUUCUUUUGCCAGCCAUUUGGAAUUAAUAAUGAAAGCACAUAAUUUAUUCCAUUCUGCAUCAUAACAACCUGAAAAGCCAUUUUUCCAUGUAAGAUUUAUAAAAUAUGGCUUUCCGUUCAUGUACCGUGACAGUAGCUACUUUUAACACUUUUGGUAACACAUGCUUGAUAAUUGCAUCCAUAGCCCAUUUUAAAAUUUAAGGGAGACUUACACAGGAGGAAAAACAAAAAAAACCCCAGAUAACAGCAGUUUAAAGAGCUGUUAAAUGUUCAUCCCUGCUCUGUGAUCUUCAUUCGUGAUACAGUGGAACAGAGGAGGAAAAACAAUCAGCCCUCCUCAGCUGCCCUGCAUUGCUAAGCAGCUCUCUGACAGCUUUUCCUGCCUUUAUCCAGCACAUUGGCACACUCACACCGUGAUGGCUAGCCCUUGGGACCUUUAUUCCCUGUAUAACUUAGAAUUGGCCUCAAGUAGCUUUAUUUAAACCAAGGUCUGAAUUAGCUCCUGCUGACCUUAGGAUCAGGGAAGUGGAAAGGAUUGAUGGAGUUGUUCCCUGUAAACCAUCAGCACUGAAUGCUGCAUCAGCGUAUUAGAGGAUCAGUUAUGCUCAUUUUCCCACAGCAUCACAGAUAUUACCCAGUAACUGCACUGAGGGUUGAAUAUACAGAAGAAAUUCCACUUUUAAACAAUAGAAAUAAUAAAAUGCAAUACUGAGUACAGAGUGGCUUUGGAAUAACUUCUAGCUGAAAUGCUGGUUUUAGUGUUCUCAUAUACUGGACAAGAGCUGUUCCUUGGUAAAGAAGAAAAGAGCCUGGAACAACUUUGAGUAUUAUUUUCAGUACUAGAAGAUUCAACAGCUAAGAUGCUGCUGUGCAAGAUUUAUAGGCAUAGUUUCAUGGGCAUUUCUUGGAGACCCGCUCUUCCUGUUUCUGCCUUGGAAGGAGAAACUGUGGUACAACAGUAGUAUUUGUAAUAGGAUUUGGCCAGUUGGGUUUCUCCACUAUAGGCAAGACUUCUUAUUGCAAGUCUGUGAAGUGUCAUUGCUCUACUUGGAAUGUCAGCAUGUCAUCCAUGUGACACUGUACAUCGGGCACUGUAACUUACAGAUUGUAAGUACAGACAAAAGAAAGCAAUCAUUAAAUAAGUCUGGGAGAAUAUACUCUGGUCACUUUCUCCACUCCAUCAGCCUUCCGUUGCACCUUAAUCUCCCCUUCUUUUUUCCAAGAAUUACAAGAAAAGUGGAAUUUGUAUGUAAAGAAAAAAUAAAUAUUUUUCUUUUACAUGGAGGAAUUCUCAACACCCAUUACUUUCUACCUUAAUUUAUCAUUUGUAAACAAAAUGGAGUAUUAUUUGGACAGGGCAUCGCACAUUGUACUAGACUUAAGAUUUCCUCUGUCAGAGACAACCCGAGGCACUUGUCUAAUGGAUGGCUGCACACAGCGGGAUACUGCUCUGUCAAUGUCCUGACAGUCAUACUCUAACUCCCAGACGCCUUCUCCCAGCAAUUGCUCUACCUCCUAGGUAUCUUAUAGCCAUACAUUCACUUGCCUGGACACCCAGGUUGUUCCCAGUUUUAUGUAGUUGUCUCUGUCUUGCUUCCUUCCCGCUGAUAACACCCCUCCAAAUUCCUCUUCAGUGCCUUGACCUUGUCCCCACAGUUACUGAGACAUGAUGAUAAUAAUGGUGACCAUGAAACUGACAAGGAAACUGACAGUUCCCCUGCCCUGCUACACUUCUUAACCCUUUAACACCAUAAACAAUGAAGUAAAAGAGCAGUGUCAUCAUCAGUGUCAAACGUUUCCCUGAAAUUUGUCCAGAAUACCACUAGACAAAAAUUCAGCUCAGUUAGUACAAAUACACUAAGCUUAGAUUGAGAAACAAAUACAGUAUAACAUAAAUAUUUGGGAUCAAGAAGAGAUAUAACCCUGUCUAGAUAUCUGCUUUCUAAGGGCUUAAGUGGGAGGUGGGCAUCUAAUUUCCCGUUUACAUCUGUGCCUUAAUGACUUAUAGGGUAUUUUAUACAGAAUGUUUAUGUACAAAAACCCUAUCUUAUUUCAAAAUGAAGUUAGUUGCAGUAGUAUUUUGUAAUUUUAUUUAGCAUAUCUAUUGAAGAUUCUUAGAUCUGAACUUGCAUUUUGGGUACAUCUGAAAUCUUUCAGCCUACCACAAAGAAAAUUUCCAGUUCCAAACAGUUUUGUAAAUUUGCUCAGUCGUUCAUCCUUGCUAAUCUGGUAAGACAUAUUGAGGACCAUUGCUUCUGGGGACUUCAUUUUAAGAGAACUGACUCAUACCUGCCCUUGGUUACAAGAAUUAGCAAGAAGAAUGAAUUUUCUGUGUUCAACUACGCCAAAAAUAUGCUUUGCUUUGGAAUGCAGUUGCUACCUACAUAAUCUCUUGUUUGUGUCAGCAUGAUCAGGUUAGAAUUUAACCUCCAUCUGGUGUGCCAGAAGGUUUGUAGUUGGUUGAUUUUGGUUACUGAAGAAACAUUCCUUCAGUCAAAUUGCACGCUUGUUUUCACAACAGUAAAUGUUGAGCUAGGUAAUUAAAGCUGAAUAUAGUGAAGUAAUCAAUAUAAAGUCCAUGAAUUUCAGCAAAACUUUUUCAAUAACUUUUUUUUUUCUAUUUGCUAUGACUAUGGUUUAAUUGGUUUAAUGAGUUUGUUUGGACAUCUGUACGUAUAUUGCAUAGCAUUUCAGUUCCAGCACAAAGGAAAAAAGGUUGCUCUUUCCUCUGAACUGUGAAGUUACAACUAUUUCCUCCAGAAUACUCUCUUCUAGAGCACAGUGUAUGUAUGAAUAUCUGUGCAUAUUUUUAGUAACCUGUAGGCUUUUAAAAGUGUUUCAGAGAGUUUAGAGAAUUUCUUAGCAAUAAGUUCUUACUUUCUAGAAUAAAAAAAAGCGUAUCUGAAUCUCAUAGCUGCAAAACUGCCAUGUCAAGUAGCGGCAGCUUUAAUUCCUAAAUUUAAAAAGCCAGGCUGAUACAGAGGCAUGCCAGGAGAGUAGCCUUGAAGAGAGUAACCAUGUAUUGACUGCUUGGGAAGAAUUAGGAAGGUGUCACACCUGUUAUCUCUAUGUCCUAGAUUUCAUUAGAGUGUUGAAAAACACUGUGCCACAAGGAAGCUUUCCCUUCACCACUUGAAAGCUUGUUGUAACUGUCACCUUCCAAAGAUGAAUUUCAACUUAAGGCGAAAGAUCAGUUUACUGCUGUGUUUGAAAAGAGAAUGGUUUUACAGAACCGUGCCUUGAACGCCUUUUUCCUCAAGCCUGUUAGAAAACAACAUGUUUUCCUGUAGUAUUAUUUUUCAGUAAUGUUAAUACAGCACUCUAGAAAAGGUAGUCCUGUCUAAAAAGAUUAGGCUGCGUGCUUUGUGCGCUGCUGGGUUCAGCAGCAGAGUCCAGAUGCAGUGAGAUACUAUUCAGGUGCUUCCUUUCCCCACCUUUGUUGCUGCCCAGGUUAAGCUAUAGAUAGAGAAGAAUCCCAGUAAGGAGAUUUUCACCAGCAGUCGUCUCAAUCACUGGGAACAAUCCCCAAUGUCUCUUUUGGAAUACAUCACCUUGAAGCACAGGGGCUGGUCUUAAUGAUUUUUACUUCUGCUGAACAAGCGCUGCAGUUGAUGCCACUCUACUUCCACGGGCAGGUAGAGCCCACAGCAGAGGAAAACACGGGCUGAGCAUAGGUGGAAAAAGAUUUGACAAACUGUGGAAAUAAACUAAUCCUUCUUUCCUUUGCACCUGAUCCAAAUUAAAGUUCUGAACUUAAUUUUGGUGGAUUCCAGCCAGGCCUUAUUCCACCAAGCAUUAAUUGCUUCUCCAGGGCUUGUAAAGGUCACUCUCCUGCAUCCAGCAGUCAGGUAUUGUUAGCUUCAUAUGAUUAGCCAAGUCUUUUAAUAUUUACACAUGCUUUGCUAAUGAAUUGGAAACAUGGCCUGCUGUAUCUAUUGCACGAGUUCACCUCUUCUCUGAUCUCUGUGCAUUCCCUUCUGUUAUGGAGGAUUUGGGUUGUAUAACACAUAGUUUCAACGCUUCAUUAUUAGGCUGAAAACCCCUCAUCACCUGGUGACGAGGUUUGGCUUGGCUCAUCUUCCUUUGACUUCUUUCUACAGUGUACAGAUCACACAAGUUAUUCCUGGGCGCUGACAGAAUCCACGGACAUGUUUGCUAGAAGAAUCCUGGUGCCCAAGCGUUGACUAGACGUUAUGUGUUAAACAUGCUUGUAAAACAAAUAAUAAAACACAGCUCGAAAUGUGCAAGCUUUAA